AGUUUCAUAUCUUACUCGUCAUAUUCAUACAUACCAGUCCUUCUCUCUCUUAUUUCUCCAAAAACAUAGAAAAUAAAAAAAUAAAAACAACAAGAAGGAAAUUUCUGUGUUCCGGCGCGGGAAAAUCUCACCGGCGACGGGUCCGGCGAAGGCACUCUUCUCGAACACUCUCUCAUUCUUCUCAAUUUCUAGUGUAAGCAGAGGCUCUGAGCUUGGAGUUUGGACUUGCAUGGAUUGCGUUUUGGUUUCAUCAGUGAAUUUUAUUGACGAAGCGGCGUCGUAUAAGUUGCUUUGGGUUUGACAGAGAGUAACGGUUCGAGAUUGGAGUGUGGGAGAAGCUGAGGUUGACAGUGUGGGAGCGAGUUCAUUGAGUUAAUGCUGAGGUGACUCAGUGAGCCUGUGUUAAAAAUGGAUAAUAUCUCUGGUGUCCAAAACUAUUUAAAGAUAAGCUCUUUCUGCAUCGUGUGUGCCUAUUUUCUUGGAAACUAUGAAUCAUUCGUUCCAACCCAAAAGUUUUUGGAUUCCGAGAGAUGCUAGCUGUCUAGCUGAUGGAGAGAUGGGUUAUGAUAAUUCUUCCAGAAUAGAAUCAAAGCGUGGUAACCGGUGGUUUAUGGAUUCCAAUGGGCCGGAAUUCUUCAACAACAAGAAGCAAGCAAUGGAGGCUGUUAAUGGCAGGCCUGUUUCAGGAGUUCCACAUUUGGCUAUUUCCCCUUGGGAUAACACUUCAGGGUUUCAGUCAGUUCCAGGACAAUUCACUGAUCGCAUUUUCGGAUCUGAGCCAGUACGGACAGUCAACCUAGGUGACAGGAACAUUCAAUCUGUUGGAAGUGAAAAUAUGAAUUUGGGAAGAAAGAGUUUCGAGAAUCAAUAUGGAAAUGAUCCAUCAGUGGGUUUGUCAAUGUCUCACACCAUCGAAGAUCCCUCAUCAUGUCUCAAUUUUGGUGGAAUCAGAAAAGUUAAAGUCAAUGAAGUUAGGGACUCUGAUGAUGUCGUGUCUGCAUCUAUGGGGCACUCCUACUGUAAGGGAGACAGUAAUACAAUGUCAAUGGGUAACACCUAUAAUAAGAGCGAUGACAACGCCAUAUCGUUGGGUUCGGCUUAUAAUACUGGCGAAGAGAAUGCAAUCUCAAUAGGACCUUCCUUUAACAAGGCAGAUGAUAAUUUCAUUUCAAUGGGUCAUACCUUCAGUAAAGCCAAUAGCAAUUUCAUAUCAAUGGCUCAUAAUUAUAACAAGGGAGAUAAUAGUAUCUUAUCAAUGGGUCAGCCUUUUGACAAGGAGGAUGGCAACUUUAUAUCAAUGGGUCAGUCAUAUGAAAAGGGAGAUAGCAGUUUCAUAUCAUUAGGUAACUCGUACCACAAAGGGCAUGAGAAUUUUAUUUCUAUGGGUGCAACAUAUGGUAAAGCAAAUGAGAAUUUCAUCUCAAUGGCUCCCACCUAUGAUAAGCAGCCUGAUAAUAUUAUGUCAAUGGGCCCAAACUAUGACAAGGCUGAUUCGAAUGUUGUGCCAAUAGGUCCUCCCUAUCAUAAAGGAGAAAGCAAUGUAUCUAUGAGUCACAAUUACAAUAAGAAUGAGAGCACCACCAUAUCUUUUGGAAGUUUCCAUCAUGAAACUGACACAAAUCCUUCUGGCGGGAUCAUCAGCAGCUAUGAUUUGUUGAUGAGCAAUCAAAACACAGCUGAGCAAUCAGAAGAAUCUGGUCUGAAGGAUCCGGUUCAGUCAAACAUGGAUCCAAAUGUAGAUGACACUCUCAAACUUGAUUCUAAAACUGAUACCGUUUCCAAAAUUAAGGAGCCAAAGACUGCUAGGAAAGCUCCUCCAAACAACUUCCCUUCAAAUGUCAAAAGUUUAUUGUCCACUGGUAUGUUUGAUGGGGUUCCGGUGAAGUAUGUUUCCUGGUCACGGGAGAAAAACCUCAAAGGAAUCAUAAAAGGGACCGGGUAUCUAUGUUCCUGUGAUGACUGCAAUCACUCAAAGUCUCUCAAUGCUUAUGAGUUUGAACGUCAUGCUGGUGCUAAGACCAAGCAUCCCAAUAAUCACAUCUACUUUGAGAAUGGAAAGACCAUCUAUGCAGUAGUUCAAGAGCUGAAGAACACUCCUCAGGAGAUGCUGUUUGAUGCCAUUCAAACUGUGACAGGGUCUCCUAUUAAUCAGAAGAAUUUCCGGAUCUGGAAAGCAUCAUAUCAAGCCGCCACCCGUGAACUUCAGCGUAUCUAUGGAAAAGACGAAGUUGCUAUACAAUCUUGAUGCGAGAAUCUUCCUCAUUAACUUUUUGGGGGGUAGAUGGGAUUGCAUAGCACCAUACAAAAGCUUAUAGUAAAUUACUAAAUUAUAGACUGCAAAUUUGAAUAUUGGAGCUGGUGGAUGUUUACAGGUAUUUUGGCUAUGUGAAAUAGUUCAUAUUGAAAGUUAAUUAUUUUUGGAUGGUGGACAGUUUACAA